UCUGAUCUUCAGCACCAUUUCUAGUUCGGAAAUUGUCUCGUUUAGUACGUGAUACAGAAAUUAUUUUAACUUGUGUAAAUAAUAAGAAUUGUAAAAAUGAACAAAUUCACCGUGUUUCUUGUGCUUGCAGUUGCCACCGCGGCUUUCGCAUUCCCUGCAAAACAGGUUGAAAAUCAAGGGACUUCAGAUAUCGUGAAGAGAAUCAGUAGAGAAGCUUUUGCUGAUCCUCACCAUCAUCAUCAUGAUCAUCAUGAUCAUCAUGGAGGAGGAUUUGGUGUAGGAUACGCAGGAGGAUAUGGUCACGGAUACCAUGAUCAUGGACACCAUGACCAUGGUCACGGAGGAUUCGUAGGAUUAGGUGGAUAUGGAAGUCAGGGACUUUAUGGAUAUGAUAAUCACGGACAUGGACACGGAGGUCAUGGACACGGAGGUCAUGGACACGGAGCUUAUGGACACGGAGGUCAUGGAUACGGUGGAUAUGGAAACGGUGGACAUGGAGGUUAUGGUCUCUAUCCAAGUGGAGGCGGCGGAAAUUCUUUUGCUAACAGUCAAGCUAAUGCUGCAUCCUUUAAUACGCCUUUCGGAAGCGCAUCUUUUGCACAGGCAAAUGCUGGUGCCAAUGCCUUUGGGCGAUAAAAUUCUGCGAGACGAUUCCUGUGGUGCUAUUGUGUUCACAAGUUCUGCGCUUAAGACAAGAAACAAGACUUUGACGGUCCCUCAUUUUGGGAAACAAUUAUUUAUAAGCAGAGUUUACGGAA